AUGUCCACCGAACAAUCUCAAAACUCUCCUGCCGCUGAAGCCAAGCUAGAAGCCAACCCAGCCGAAGCUGCAGCCGCUCCAGCUGAAGAAGUCAUUCUUGGUGAAGAUGGUCAACCAUUAUCCAAAAAGGCAUUGAAAAAAUUACAAAAGGAAAAGGAAAAAGCUCAAAAGAAAGCAGAAAGAGAAGCUCAAUUAGCCAAAGAAAGAGCUGCCAAAGAGGCUGAAGCUGCCAAUGAUCCAGCAAAAGCCAAUUAUGGUAAAUUACCAUUAAUCAACUCUUCUUCCAGAUCUGAAAUUAAGAGAAUUGAUAUCAAAAAUUUAGGUGCCCAUGCUAAUGGAGAAACUGUUGUCUUUAGAGCUAGAGUUCAUAAGAGUAGACAACAAGGUGCUACUAUGCUUUUCUUAACUUUGAGACAACAAUCAGAUUUGAUUCAAGCUUUAGUUAGAACCAAUAAAGAAACUGAUGAUAAGGCAGUCUCUAAACAAAUGGUUAAAUGGGCCGGAUCUCUUAAUUUGGAAACUAUUGUUGUUGUUCAAGGUAUUGUUAGAACAGUUGAAGAAGCAGUUAAGUCAGCUACUGUUCAAGAUAUUGAAAUCCAAGUAACGAAGAUUCAUUCUAUUCAAGAAACUCCAGAACAAUUACCAUUAUUGAUUGAAGAUGCUUCUAGAUCAGAACAAGAAGCUGAAGAAUUACAAUUACCAGUUGUUAAUUUAGAUACUAGAUUAGAUGCUAGAGUUAUUGAUUUAAGAACUCCAACCAAUCAAGCUAUUUUCAAGAUUCAAUCUGGUGUUUGUCAAUUAUUUAGAGAAUAUUUAUCCAAAAAAGGGUUUACUGAAAUUCAUACUCCAAAAAUCAUUGCUGCUGCCUCUGAAGGUGGAUCCAAUGUUUUUGAAAUUAAUUAUUUUAAAGGAUCUGCAUUCUUAGCUCAAUCUCCUCAAUUAUAUAAACAACAAUUGAUUGCUGCUGAUUUUGAAAAAGUUUAUGAAAUUGCCCCUGUUUUCAGAGCUGAAAAUUCAAACACUCAUCGUCAUAUGACUGAAUUCACUGGAUUAGAUUUGGAAAUGGCUUUUGAAGAGCAUUAUGAUGAAGUAUUGGAAGUUUUGGAAGAAUUAUUUAUGUUUAUCUUUACUGAAUUAAAAGAAAGAUAUGGAAAAGAUAUUGCAACUGUUAGAAAACAAUUCCCAGUUGAAGAAUUUAAGAUUCCUGCUGAUGGAAAAAUGGUUAAACUUCAUUUCAAAGAAGGUAUUCAAAUGUUAAGAGAUGCUGGUAAAGAAGUUGACGAUUUUGAAGAUUUAUCUACCGAAAAUGAAAAAUUAUUAGGUAAAUUAGUCAGAGACAAAUAUGAUACUGAUUUCUAUAUUUUGGAUAAAUUCCCAUUAGCAGUUAGACCAUUCUAUACUAUGCCAGAUCCUGAAGAUCCAAGAUAUUCAAAUUCUUAUGAUUUCUUUAUGAGAGGUGAAGAAAUUCUUUCUGGUGCUCAACGUAUUCAUGAUCCUGAACUCUUGAAAGAAAGAAUUAGAGCUCAUGAAGUUGAUCCAAAUGUUCCUGGAUUAAAAGAUUAUGUUGAUGCUUUCUCAUAUGGAUGUGCUCCACAUGCUGGUGGUGGUAUUGGAUUAGAAAGAGUUGUUAUGUUCUUUUUGGAUUUAAAGAAUAUUCGUCGUGCUUCUUUGUUCCCAAGAGAUCCAAAGCGUUUGACUCCAUAG